UACCGAUUUACGUGACUAAUAAAAUGUCUCAUUCUGAUGACUUAGACGACAAUUCUAAUGGUGAAGAAUGUGACGCUGAUAAUAUAAAAAUAAUUGAAACAGUAGUAGAUGACGAAUCUGAAAUUGAUUUUGACAAUAUUCCGAAACACUUUGCACCACCUAAAGAUAUCAUUAUAAAUAACUCAAUAGCUGAUUUUGAUGAACAAAAGUAUAAUUCUGAAAAAUUGGGAAAAAAUGAAGACAAUAAGUUCUUUGAUAUUCAUAACAGUGAGUUAGAUGGAUAUCGUGAAGUCGACGAUUAUGGCUAUGAUCAAGAUAAAUAUUUAAGAGGAUGUAAAGAGAUCAAACGCUGUAGAAGAGCUUGUAAUAAAGUCCAUAAAACGUUGUGUGAAGAGUUCAAUUGUGAUAAAUUAAAAAUACUUUUCAAACGAAUGUGCAAAGAAAAAUGUGAAGAAACGUUUGCUGAUGGCAGUGAAGAGUCCGAUAAUUAUGAUGAUGGUUAUUAUUAUUAAAGAUGUUGCACAAUUCUAUAUUUUUCUACACAUUUCUGAUUCGCAUUCAAAGUGAAACUUCGAGUAUAGACCUCUUCAUUGCCCUUAGAGUGACAUUGAGUGACAUUGGACCUUGUUUUUAGCAACCACGUGUCAGUAUGUCAUCCACCGUUAAGUGUAGUUUCCUGUUUUCUCGGGAGUUAGUAGUACAAGUUCUUGUACAAGUUUAGAUCUUAUAUGAAUCGAGACUGCGAAUGACUCACUCAUCUUGCUAAAAUAUGGCGUCAAAGUUUUUUAUUAUUUAUAUUAUCAUAUGUGCGCCUGAUGGUAAGCCACGGCUGUCCAUAACAGUUGUAAUGCCACUCAGAGCUUUAAAUCUCAAAGAUCUGAGUGGCCCGGCCUGAGACAUAAGUUGACAAGUCCCAUGUGCCCGUAAUUUCACCAAAGUCAGGGUGACGAGCGCAGUGGGAGUGCUUCUCAGAUCUUUGCGAUUUAAAGCUCUGACUGGCACGACAACUGGUAUAGACAGGCAUAUAGCCAGAUAAUAAAAAAGUAACGAGAAAGGUCACUGUCCGUCCCUCCCUUGCUUUAGAUACCACACCGCGCUCCUCAUAUUGACGGUCACAUUACGGAACGAUAACAAGGCUGUCAGCGAGCCGUUGGCUAAGGACAAUCCUCAUGUUUAAAUCUCGAAUUUUCAUUCAAAUGCGAUUUCAUACCAUAUUAUUUAUUUAUUUAUUCACUUAUUAUGUUAAGUCUUUUGUUUAAACUACUUAUUUGACUUCAUUUAACUUAACUGGUGUAAUUUACUGUUAUUUUAGUAUUUAAUAAACAAAAUCAAAUCUUAUUAUUUGUAUAAACAAUACAUUCAGUUGCUCUAACAAAGACAGUAGUCUUAGAGUGAAUAACUCGUAUGUGAUUUCUAUGUACGAACGUUAAAAGUGCAUGCUCCAUCAUCGACCGCAUCGUCAUUUCCAUCAGAUGUAUUUGACCUCCAGGUGAAAUGCGCACUUAUUAUUUCAUGUUUUUUAUAAAAAAGAAUGAAGAGAAAAUGUGGUGUAAAAUGUAGUAAACACAUUUUUUUUCUACUCCUGGGGCC